ACCGUUCAUUUUGCAAAAUUUGAAUUGAUCACUGAAAAUGUACGGUCAGGAUUCAGAAACCAGCCCUUUAAAAUGCAGGAUUUUUGCUCGAUGCGUGGCGCCCUCUCUUUUCACCAUUCAAAUUUUUCCGAAACAAUUCUCUCUCUCUCUCUCUAGAGUUUAAUGGCGGGAAGCGAUUCGCAGAGGCAACUCCUAACUCUAAUUCGCGACUUCAGUACUGAAAAAUCACAAGGAGAACGGAGAAUUGUGAAUCAGAAGAAACGAAUCGAAGAUCUAACGUCUGAGCUCGACGUUUUAAAUAAGGAGCUGGAAGAGGCAAAGCGUGAUAAGGAGACGAUCGAGCAAGAUCUCAAAGGCUACGAAGUUGAAUUAUCCAUGAUUGACGCUUCAAUUCAAGCCCUAGAGGCGAGGGUUGCUCUCACUAACAACGAGAUAUCAAAACUUGGAUCUGAAAUGGCGGCUCUCAAGAGUGAAGAAAAAUUCACACGAGAUGGAUUUAUUGCAAAAAUGCUCGAGCUAAAUUCACAGAUUAGGAAAAUUCAAGAGUUUGUGCCCUCCACUGUCAAUGCAGAUAAUUGCUCUGAAGCAACUUCCAACUUUGGCUCCUUAAUUGUGAACGAUCAGGAUGUUCAACAAGACAAAGUUGGUCUAGAGAACAAAAUUGCUCAAAUAGUCAUGCAUACUAACCAGGAGGAAGAACAAUAUAAAGCUGAACAAGUGAUUCAUGAUCAGGUCCAACAAGAGCUUAGUAAUUUGGAAAAGAAAGCACAGCUAUUGGAGUCAGUAAUGAAAGAAUACACGCAGCAGCAGGAGUUAAGUAGGCAGAUGUCUGAACUGGAAGAGAAGUGUGCUGCUCUUGGAGAUGAGUUGCAGGAGAGAUUUUCGUGUCCCCGCUGUCAUCAAGAUAAUUCAGAGGAACUUGGUCAAAUUCUCCAGAUAAGUGAUGGAAACUAA